AUGGCGGCAGCUGCACUGUCUAUCGUCUCUUUUUUUAUCCUUUUGAUCGCUGUUUUCGCAGCUUCAACUUCACCGCCAUCUCAAGAUCCCUGGUAUGAGCAGCCCAGCAAUAUCAGUGACUAUGCUGCUGGGGAGAUGAUCCGUUUUCGAUCAGUCUCCCCUCAGCUAGAAUCGAUAUUAUCAUUGCCUGUGAAUGUAUCUGUAAAGGCUGUUUAUCAGUAUCUUUUCCGAACUACUGAUGGCCUUGGUGAUGCAGUUGCUUCGGCGGUGACGCUGCUUGAGCCCUAUCACUCAGAUCCAUCCAAGCUCGUUGGAUAUCAGGCUUUCUAUGAUAGUGCAAAUGUGGAUUGCAGUCCAUCUUAUACUCUGCGGGCGGGUAAUGAGAAUUUAGGAUCUAUGUCGUCCGGACUGAAUGUUUCCGAAGACAUACCAUUUGUAAGUCCACGAAUAACUUCUCACUUCAUGGAUAAACUGACCACAUUUCAGAUUGCAGCAGCGCUAAAUCUUGGUUGGUGGGUUUUCACCACUGACUACGAAGGUCUAGAGGCUGAGUUUUCGGCUGGCCUCCAGUCUGGUCAUGCUGUGCUGGAUUCGACUCGAGUCAUUCUUGACGAAGGCCCCUCGGUUGGAUUAUCAGGAAAUCCCCGGUAUGCACUUUGGGGGUACUCCGGGGGCGCACUUGCAUCUACUUGGGCCGCUGAGCUCCAAACCUCAUAUGCCCCAGAACUUAAUUACGCUGGGGUUGCGGUAGGAGGAACAACGCCAAACAUUAGUUCGGUGCUCCAAACCAUCAAUACUGGAUCGCACGCUGCCCUUGCUUUCUCAGGCAUAUAUGGGCAAUCGAAAGCAUUCCCAAACCUUACCGACUGGCUAAAUGCAAACCUGAUCUCUUCAAAGUCAGCACAGUUCUAUUCGAUCGCUAGCGGCUGUUUUUCACAGGCCACCUCUAUGGGUAGCGGCCAGGACUUUUAUACAUACUUCAAGAACGGGGAGUUAUCCUUUUACGACGCAGUGCCUCAGUCAGUUUUCCAGUGGUCUGGUCAAAUGGGACUUCAUGGCACUCCGAUCGCACCAAUGUUCGUUUAUAAGGCAACUGGGGACGAGAUCAGUCCCGUGGAAGAUACGGAUGCGCUUGUUAAGAAGUAUUGUGCUGCGGGUGCUCGUAUCGAAUACCACCGAGACCUGGUGGGAAAUCAUGAAACCGAGGCAAUUUCUGGUUCUGCAAGUGCUUUGGAGUGGAUAUCAGAUCGGUUGAGCGGGAAGCCAGUUAGUGACGACUGUAACACACAAAACGUGUUACUGUCUUCGCUGAGUGUUGAAUCCGUGGCUCUGCUAGGAGAGGAACUGUUUACUAUCCUCCAGACGGCUCUGGGUGGUAUGCUAUGA